AUGCACAAUCUGCCGUUUGCGUCCUUACUCGGUGUUAUGUGCUUUGCUGUCAUCAAUGGCGUUCUCUUGCCAAAUCACGAUGCCAGCAAAGCUGACAGGAUUUCAGACUUCGAACCAACAGAGCAUACGUUCCGCCUGGCGAACUAUUAUCAAGACGGUAUGGUUUUACAAUGCGGAGAGCCCCCCGCUUGGAUCUGGGGAUAUGGACAACCAGGAGAGGGUGUUGACAUUGUGAUGGAUGUGGAUAUAAUUUCGACACGUGUUAACGAACACGGGAUCUGGGCAGCCGAUCUGUGGUUAAUGCCGUGCUAUAAUGAAACUUUCGAUCUCGAAAUUUCGCAGUAUAUUCGAAAGACGAAGAAGGUGACGACCAUCUAUCUGCGAAAUAUGUUUAACGGCACGAAUGAACUGGAAGCUUCAACUCGGCUCGAUCUCUUCAAAGUAAUGAGAAUCCUCCCUUCGGAAUCGCCACACCCGCUAAAAGAACCCACAAUUAUGCUCAACUGGACGAGGGCUAAUCCACAGGUCCUGCGGGAAUUUUCGGCAGUCUGCUGGGCAACAGUGCGCCGUAUCUACGAAGAUCUGCGGAAUCGAUUUAAUGAUUCUGUCCCCAUGGGACUGGUCGGAGCGUACUACGAUGGUACACCAAUCCGUGCCUGGUCUCCACCUCAGGUAUUCAGCAAGUGCCGUUCCACCACCAGCACAACGAACAGCAGCGAAAAUCAGUUUAAGGGCCCGGAAAAAGACUCCGUACUGUGGAAUGCGAUGCUUGCGCCUUUGAAGUUUAUGACCUUUAAAGCCAUACUGUGGUACCAAGGGGAAUCGGAUGCCGCUCUACAUCCGGAUGCUUAUGCCUGCAUGUUUGAGAACUUUAUUUCCACAUGGAGAGAAUCGCUUACGUACUGGAGUAAAACGACGCCCUUUGGAUUUGUGCAGAUCGGCUGCCAAAAUAACGAGUCAAUACCGGAUGGAACGGCGUUAGUCCGCUGGCAUCAAACGGCCGAUUACGGUUACGUUCCGCAGAAGAAGUUGUUACGAACUUUCAUGGCCGUGGCUAUGGACCUCCCGGACCCACAUUCGCCCUAUGGAUCAAUUCAUCCGAGGUACAAAGAGGAGAUUGCGCAGCGUCUGUACACCGGAAUUAUGUCCGUUGUGUACUACGUGCACAAACCCUUUCAAGGUCCCUUUCCGCGACGUAUUCAGCUGGUGGAUCGGCAUGUUUUCAUUCAGUACGACCAAAGCAUUAACUUCAUAUGGAAUAGCACGGACACAUUUGAAGUGUGCUGUGAAGUGGAUAUAACGGGUUCCGACAGCUGGAAACGUUGCAGAGGGUGGCACGCAGUCACCAGCGAAUUUACCACAGGAGGUGAUGAAGUCAAGCUCAAAACAGGUCCGUGCAGGGAUAGGGCACGCUUUGUCCGGUAUGCGUGGAAGUUGACGCCCUGCGCAUAUAAGAACUGUCGGGUCUAUGCCACCGAUGAUCUGGGUGAUGAGCGAGGGCUACCAGGCCCACCAUUCGUUUUACCAACGAACUGGAUAUCUGAGCAGUAG